AUGAAUUUAGAGCAAGAGCCAAUGUGGAACAAGCCAGUCCCACCGACAAUGAAACUCGAUGGAAACAGCAUCCCAGCGGAGGAACCGAAACUGGCACCUCCUCGUGAGUCUGCCGCUCAUGAAGAUACAGUCGACACUCAGAUACAACAAGAGUAUGAUGGAUAUCUUCAUGGUCUGUCACUGGUUCUCAUGACCCUCUCAUUGAUGGUCGGUGUAUUGAUGAUUUCCUUGGACAACAGCAUCAUUGCAACUGCAAUCCCAAAGAUAACGAGCAAGUUCGACAGUCUUAGUGAUCCGACGUUUGGCAAGAUAUACACCUACUGGAACUUGAAAUGGGUUUACUUAGCAUCGUCGGUAAUUUUUGAGACAGGUUCUAUACUCUGCGCCGCUGCGCAGAGUUCACCAGUGUUCAUCAUCGGCAGGGCCAUAGCUGGACUUGGUGCUGCAGGCGUUUUCUGUGGUGCCAUGAUCAUUAUAUCCAGCAUUGUUGAGAUGAGAAAGCGUCCGUUGCUUUUGUCAAUCGUGUCAAGUAUGUAUGGUAUAUCUUCGGUCAUUGGGCCUUCACUCGGUGGUGUUUUCACUCAUUCCAAGCAGCUGACUUGGAGAUUUUGUUUUUGGGUAAAUAUACCACUGGGUGCUUUGAUGGCUGCCAUCAUCAUGUUGUACUACCCGUUGUCUCUUGGCGAAGCGCCAGACAAGGAUAAACCCUUGAAAGAAAAGGUCCUUGGCCUAGGACUCAAGAGUGCUGUCCUUCUUGCAGGAACUCUUGUUUGCUUAUUUCUAGCACUACAGAAUGGUGGUUCUGUUUAUCCAUGGUCUGAUUCGCGUGUCUGGGGAUGCUUUCUAGGAUUUGGUCUGCUUCUCAUUCUUUUUACGUAUAUCCAAAUACGACAAGGUGAAGCAGCUUUGAUCAAACCUCGUAUUGUUUCUCAACGGUCAGUCCUUCUCGGAUGCAUGUUCUCUGCCCUCUACCAAGGCGCAAUGACUACGCAGACGUACCAUUUGCCCUUCUACUUCCAAGCAAUCAAAGGUGUGGACCCUCAGACGUCAGGUAUAAACAUCCUCCCGCAUGGAGUGACGACUACCGUCGCGACUCUCACAACAGGCUCCGUCAUCACAUGGCUUGGGUACUAUGUUCCUUUCAUGUGGAUGGGCUCGGCUAUCUUCACCACUGGUGCAGGUCUGCUAUACACUAUUGAUCAGAGCACACCAUUGUCCCAAUGGUUUGGCUUUGAGGUCCUUGCAGGUGCGGGGUUUGGUAUAGCUAUUCAGAUUCCCAUUUUUGCUGUUCAGGUGGUUUUGAGUACUGCAGACGUUCCUCUAGGGACAGUUUUGGUCAUUAUAUCUCAAGCGCUUGGGGGGUCUGUAGGGCUCUCUAUAUCUCAGAACGUGUUCCAGAACUCGCUUCGUCAAAGGCUGAAAGAAAUCAGCGAGAUUGACGUUGAAGCUGUCAUUGCUGCAGGCGGCAUUGACUUGGAACAUAUUGUCUCAGGCGAAAGGCUUUCCUACGUAAGGGGUGCUUUCCGGUACGGUGUGUCUAAUGCGUUCGUUGUGUCGACGUCGCUCGCUGGUGUUGCAUUCUUGGCGAGCAUCGGAAUGGAAAGACGGAAGAUCAAGUCUAAGAAAGAGAGGGGAAUUGAAGCAGAAUUGAGAACUCGAGAGAUUUAA